CGUCCCUUAUUCAGAUCCGCUUCAAAACAUUCUCGAGCGAAGCCGACACCCGGAAGUCCCCCGACCCAACAACGACAGCCCAGCUGCAACAUCCGACGAGCCUUGCGGAGGGAUUUGCCAUAUCUCGGGCGGAAUCUGACUCGACUUCGCGGAGUUUCGUGCGGAACCUGGUCGUGAAUCGGUGUUCGGAGCGAAUGGGGGUGCCGGAGGCGGUGGCGUUGGAGAUACCAGUGGAGGAAGGGUCACCGGCCUCCAGGGUUCCGCCGCGGAUCAGGAGGAGGCUCCUCCAGGCGCGCGAGUCAAGCGCUGGCGCGCCGGCGACGGCCGAGGAGAUCGAGGCCAAGCUCCGCGACGCCCAUCUGCGGAGACAGCAAUUCCAUGAAGCAUUGUCAUGCAAAGCAAGGCGUACGGUCAGGAGCACUUCACAACUAUCUCAGGAGGAGGAUCCCAAGCAGCGCCUUGAAGCAAAGCUUGUGGCUGCUAACCAGAAGAGGUUGAACCUUUUGGCAAAGGAACAGAACCGUUUAGCUAAAUUGGACGAGAUGCGUCAAGCUGCUAAGAAUGACGCAGAAAUGAGGUUCAACAGGGAAAGGGAGGAGCUUGGCAUGAGAGUUGAAUACCGGGUCCGGCAGGCGGAGGAGAAUCGUAUUCAACUCUUGCAAGCACGUUUGCAGAGGCGGGCUGCGCUGGAGGAGAGGACAAAAAGGUUCCUUGGGCAGAGAGUGGCAUAUGAGAACAAGUACAGGGAGCGUGUGCGGUCUGCAUUCCUGCAGAAGCGUAAUGCAGCUGAGAAGAGAAGGAUAGGGCUAUUGGAAGCUGAGAAAACACGGGCUCAGGGUAGGCUUUCACAGGCCCAUCUUGCUACCAAAACUGCAUUUGGCCAGGGAGAAACUGAGAGGAGCAAAUUAAAAGAACAACCAGACGACAAACUUCAGAGGGCAAAACGGCAGCAAGAAAGGCCCCAGUGCUCUGUACAUAUCAGUUCAGUUAAACACGGGGACUUUCUUUCAAGAAAGCUGGCAAGGUGCUGGAGAAGAUUCAUAAUGUCUAGGAAGACAACAGUGGUUUUGGCUAGGGCCUUUGAUGUGCUGGAAAUAAAUCAGGAAUCUGCUGAAUCCUUGCCAUUUGAAAAACUAGCGCUGUGCAUUGAAUCCCCAAAAGUUGUUGAGACCACUAGGGCAUUGCUUGAUCGCUUGGAGAGUCGUUUUAUUCUUUCUCAGUCAUCAAGUUCAUCCUCGCCAGAGAAUAUCAACCAUUUGCUCAAGCACCUGGGAUCACCAAAGAGGAUGGUCCUAUCAAGUAGUGCUGGAAGAGCUAGAGUAACACCAAAAAAGACAAAUAAAAAUGCUGACACUGGCAAGUUACCUAGAUAUUCACCCAGGGUAGUGCUUUGUUCUUACAUGAUAAGAGGUCAUCCCAGUGCUGUUUUUAAUGUACGAGGUGAGCGAGAGAAAGUACUGUUGGAGUCGGCAGAAAACUUUGUGAAGGAAUUUGAACUGCUGACGAAGACAAUACUUGAUGGGUUAGAUGGUGCAUGCAUAUUGAGGCAGCCAACACUAGAUACCGUCUCUCCUGGACCUCCUAAUCACCAGGAAUCUUCUUCAGUUGCUGCUGAUCGGAAAAAAUUCAGAUCUCAGUUGGUUUCAUUUGACAAAGCUUGGUGUACUUAUCUUUACCAUUUUGUGGUGUGGAAAGCAAAAGACGCCAAGGCGCUAGAGGAAGAUCUUGUGACAGCUGCAUGCAAGCUUGAGCUAUCAAUGAUGCGAACAUGCAAAUUAACUACUGAAAGCCGACAAGAUAACCUCACUAAUAAUUUGAAGGCCAUCCAGAAACAGGUUAUGGUAGAUCAGAAACUUCUAAGGGAGAAGGUUUGGCAUCUAGGCGGCGAAGCUGGUAUUGAGAGGAUGCAACUUGCUUUGUCAGAGACAAGGUCUAAGUUUCUUGGAGCCAAGGAAAAUGGGAGCCCCUUGGCAACAGCUGUUGCAAAGGCCGCUUCUCCUUCUAGACAGCCUCCUCUUUCUGCCAUUAAAGAUAAUUCAGACAUCGCUGAAACGCCAAGUAGAGUCGUUCAAUCUUUGUGCAGAUCUUCCUCUUCACCUUCUGAAUGUAACACCGGACACAAGGACAACAGUGGUCCGGAGACCAGCAGAGUGUCAGAAAAACUUAUGUCAGAAAAACUUACGACGGAGAUUGAGGCUGUCCAAUCUUUGGUUGCAGCUUCCCCUGCACCAUCUGAAAGUAGCGCAGGAGACAAGGCCAUGAUUGACCAAAUGAGCACAGUACCAGAAAAGAUGCCCACAGAGAAUGAACAUAUGGUCAAUGAGAUUCUUCAUGGUUCUUUUCCUGAUAGCUUUGAUGACGUUGGUAAAGCUGAGGGGGAUUUCAAGGCAAAAGUAAGGGAAACAAUGGAGAAAGCUUUCUGGGAUGUGGUUGUUGAUUCAAUGAGAGGAGACAAACCGGACUACAGCUAUCUGAUCAACCUGGUAAAGGAAGUCAGGGAUGCAUUGCACCAGAUGGCUCCUAAUGGCUGGAAAGAAGAAAUAACCAACAAUGUUAAUGUCGAAAUGUUGUCCCAGGUACUUGAGUCGAACACCCAGGAUACACAAUAUUUGGGGCAGAUUUUGCAGUACUCUCUGGGCAUGCUGCGUAAAUUAUCUUCUCCUGCAAAGGAAGACCAAAUGAAGAAUAGUCAUGACAAAUUAUUGAAUGAAUUGAUUGAGCACUCUGAAUGUAAUGAUAGAGGUCAAAAUUCAUUCAUAAUAGCUAUCAGCAAGGGCUUGAGGUUCACUAUGGAAGAAUUAAAGGCUCUUCAGGCAGAAGUCAGUAAAGCACGAAUCCAACUAUUGAAACCGAUUAUAAAGGGCUCAGGUGGGGUCGAGUACCUGCAGAAAGCUUUUGCUGAUCGCUAUGGAUCCCGUUCCAGUGCAUCAAUAUCUCUCCCUUCAACUAUUCAGUGGAUUUCUACCUCAAAGGAUAUGGUAGAAGAAGAAUGGAAUGAAUAUGUCAGCUCCUUUCAGAUCUUGCCUGCCACAGACCAUCAGGUUCAGCCAUUUGUUACUACCCUUCGUACUGGCCGUGGAUUUCCAGAUCAGCAACAUUCUACAGUACCUGCAGCAGAAUGUACAGGGCUACCAGAGUGCACGGGUGAAAGGCUUGACAAGCUAAUAAGAAUUGGGCUAUUACAGCUUAUCAGCAGCAUGGAGGGCCUGCAAAGGAAGUCAGUACCUGAGACCUUCAAGCUCAAUUGGUUGAGGUUGCGCUCUGUUCAGAGUCAAUUCCAACAAGUGAUAGUUAUUGCGACAAGUAUGCUUGUCCAGCGUCAAGUUUUAAUGAGUGAGAACUCAGAGACCACUCCUUCAGAACUGGAAAGUGCAAUCUUGGAACUGUUUAACACUCUCACAGAGCUACUAGACGACUUGCCUGAUGUUAGCACAGACAAGAUCAUUGAGGUGAUGAUCCAUUCGUCAACCUCAAGCGGCUCUUGUUCAGAUCAAGUGGCCAACAGGAAGCAGAUAUUGACUAGGGUCUUCCUUAAAAGCCUCCAGACCGAUGACACUGUCUUCAGGAAGGUCUCUCGAUCUGUUUAUUGUGCGUUCCGUGCAAUCACCUUGGGUGGUAGCGGGCCGAAGGGCAAGAAACUCGCCGAGGCAGCCCUGAGGCGCAUUGGUGCUACAUAUCUCACCGACCGUGUAGUGAAGGCGUCUGAACUACUAAUCAAAGUAGCGACAGUAUCAGAACAAGUCCACGGCCCGUGGUACAUUCACUUGCUGUAAUCGGUCUUCUGCUUCUGCCAAUAUGUGGUCGAAUUCUUCACGAAGCACGUUUGUGCCCCGGCUGUGGAAAUGCCUUCUUGGAGCAAGGAGGAUCGGAAGGUUCACCGUUGGGAAAGGGCAUCAGGUAUGCUAGUUAUGUGAUGAAACAAUGCUGUGGUGAUUCUGUGAGUAAGAUGAAGAACGCAGAUAUGCUGCUGGCAUCGUGUCGUUGGUGUUUAUAUAUGUGCCGUAUUGUAUAUAGAGGACUACGAAAUUUUUAACACUCUGGAAACGUUUCCAUUCCAUCUACCAUGUAUAUAUGUCUUUCAUC